GGAAGGUUUCCGUGAUGUCAUACAACGAUGCAUCAUAUAGGUGCGGGAGAGAUACUUCUUUGUGUGGAGGUGGAUAUUUAAGAUUGAGAAAGUCCACAAUGUUUUGCAAUUAACAUAUACACAGUUCAGUCUGUUAGUUUCCAACAAUAAUCUCACAAAUCGCAACAGUAUUAGCAAAUAACAAUGUCAACACCAACACCUCAUCCCCAACAUGGUGUUCCAUGUGGUACUAGUACUCCUCGACCAGGUCUUCUUAACACACCUGCGCCUGGUGUCCCCUUCUAUACCCCUCUCCAAAGUCCUCCCUCGGGCACAGCCCUCCAUCUCAGCCCUUCAACUCCCAAACUCUUCACCCCCCUCAAAAUCCGCUCUCUCACUCUCCAAAAUCGCAUCAUGCUCUCUCCAAUGUGUCAAUACUCCGCUUCUAACGGCCACUUUACUCCUUGGCACAUGGCUCAUCUAGGUGGGAUCAUCUCCCGCGGUCCUGGUCUCUCGAUGGUAGAAGCCACCUCUGUUUUACCCGAAGGAAGAAUCACCCCUGAAGACAGCGGAUUAUGGUUAGAUUCUCAAGGCGACAAAUUGAAAGAAGUUGUACAAUUCGCACAUUCACAGGGACAGCUAAUUGGGAUUCAAUUGAGCCACGCAGGGAGAAAAGCGAGUAUGGUAGCACCAUGGCUCGAUCGCUCCGCCGUCGCAACAGAGGAAGCAGGCGGCUGGCCCACCAAAGUCAAAGGACCAAGCGCUAUUCCCUACGACGAACAUCACUACAAACCUUCUGCCAUGACACUUGAAGAUAUUCAAGAAUUCAAAGACGCAUGGGCCGCGUCUCUCAAACGCGCACUCAAAGCUGGAUUCGACGUGAUAGAAAUCCAUAACGCGCACGGGUAUCUGCUUCACGAAUUCGUGUCUCCGGUUUCUAACAAACGCACCGAUCAAUAUGGUGGGAGUUUUGAAAAUCGUAUUCGUCUCACCCUUGAGAUUGUAGAGAUUACGCGGAAGAUUAUUCCCGAAUCUAUGCCGCUUUUCUUGCGGAUUAGUGCGACGGAUUGGUUGGAUUAUGAGGGGUUUGGAGAGGAGAGUUGGACGGUGGCGGAUUCGGCGAGGUUGGCGGGGAUUCUGGCGGAUAGGGGGGUGGAUUUAAUGGAUGUUUCUUCCGGGGCGAAUCAUCCGAGACAGAAGAUUACGGCAGGGUUGGGAUAUCAGGCGCCAUUUGCGAAGGAGAUUAAGAGGGUGGUGGGGGAGAGGAUGUUGGUUGGGACGGUGGGGAUGAUCGGGAGUGGAAGGCAAGCGGAGGGGCUGUUGAGUGGAAUGGGAGGGGAGAGAGGUGUGGAUGAAGGGGAGGAGGAGGAGGGGAAGGGGACGGAAUUAGAUUUGGUCAUUGUCGCGCGUGGGUUUCAGAAGAAUCCGGGGUUGGUGUGGGAGUGGGCGGAGGAAUUGGGGGUUAGGAUUAUGGUGGCACAUCAGAUGAGGUGGGGGUUUAGGGGGAAGGCAGGGGGACAUUAGAGGCGGGAGGGUUGAUUUGGAUAUUUGAAUAUUUGGUGGGUGGGGGAUGAGGAGAAGAGGGAUGGAGAUAAUACUUAUGGGAUUAAGAUUUGCGUUUUCCUUCUUUACUUCUUCCGUAUACCUGUAGUAUCAUCUGAUCUUCAUAUUAAUUCUUAUAUUUCUUCCCUCCUCGCCUUCCGCUUUCUCA